AUGGCCCCAGGGCGUACAUGUAGGGUCAAACACUUGGCCCAUCAGCGAGUCGUACAGGUGGCCUGUGGUAGUCGGGACGCCCAGACCCUGGCCCUCACAGACGAGGGCUACGUCUACUCCUGGGGGGACGGGGACUUUGGAAAACUGGGUCGAGGGGGGAGUGAGGGAUGUAAUGUCCCUCACGAAGUGGAGAGACUGAGGGAUCAGAAGGUGUGUCAGAUUGAGUGUGGUGCCCAGUUCUCAUUGGCUCUGACCAAGUCUGGACAAGUGUGGACAUGGGGCAAAGGUGACUAUUUUCGAUUGGGUCAUGGAACUGAUGCUCAUGUAAGGAAGCCUCAGAUUGUGGAGGGACUGAAGGGGAAGAAGAUCGUCCAUGUAGCUGUGGGGGCACUCCACUGUCUGGCUAUCACUGACACGGGGCAGGUGUAUGCUUGGGGAGAUAAUGACCACGGACAGCAAGGAAAUGGAACCACCACAGUUAACAGAAAGCCAGCCCUGGUGGUGCUUGAGGGGUACAAGAUCAGUAAGGUAGCGUGUGGUUCCUCCCACAGCAUUGCCUGGGCCACCACAGACAUGUCUGUUCCCACCACCCACGAGCCGGUACUGUUCUCCACCUCCAGGGAUCCCUUGGGGGCAACACUCCUGGGUGUGAACGAGAGCAAUGCAGAGGAGAACUCGGUAUCUACAGCUGCCUCCCAAAAUUCAACUUCCAAAACUGUACGUCCAUCUCUGUCCAAAAUCAUUCUAUCACAGGACACAGACACCAGUAAACAGCAGGCCCUGGGUUAUAUUCUGACCGCUCUACAGAUUCUCUACUCCAGAGAUGCAAUAGUGAAGUCCCUGGAGACAGAUGGCCAGCCUGUGCCAGUUUCACCAGAAAUGAAGCCCCUGGGUAUGACAGGUUCCCUGGCGGCCAGCACUGAUGAGCUCCCUGUGGACAGGGAGGAGAAUCUACACAGGGAGGGGAUGGACGAGGUGCUGGACCACGCCGACAUACAGCUGACAGUGGGGGAGACUGUCACAGAGGCUGUCAGUGGGGUGCAUUCAGAAAUCUCAUCAUACACAAGCAUGCAAAGUCUGGCAGCUUUAGUUCCCAUGGAAACAAGCAUCAUAGCUGAGACCUUGACCUCUGCAGAUGAGGUCAUGAGUACCAUGGAAGCCGGCCCAACAAACUUUCCAUCAGGUCUGGAUGACUUCACUGCUAGAAUGUCAGUUAAUGAUGCUCGUAAUUUGGUAGAACUUCUGAAGCUUGCUGUGGCGUCCAGAAUGGGAGAACUGGCUAAAGAGGGACUGUCAGACAUCCUUACUAGACUGGCCAAGGCGUAUCCUCAGGUGGCUGAGAUGUUGUUGGAGCUGUGUGUUACAGAGUUUGAGGAUGUGGCAUCAGAUCGAGUCUGUGGGAGGCUACCACAGCCGGUGGUACAGGAGUGUCCCCACCCCUACAGCGAUGAUACUUCACUUAGUGGCACUGUCAAAAUACCAGGAGCUGAUUCCUUGCGGGUGGAGUUUGAUUGACGUUGUUCUACGGAGAUGAGACAUGAUCCCUUGACAAUCUCAGACAGCUGUGGUAGAACCCUGGCUGUUAAAUCAGGACGAGAGUGGUCUGAUUGGUCCCAGGAGCUGCGGAUUGACGGAGAUGAACUACGGUGGAAGUU